GCUUGCAGCUAAUGUAUUCUGAUAAUGAUCUUACAGGAACUUCUUGCCCAAGAGAAGACACAGGCAUCAAGUUCAAACAAUGAUGAGGUUGACCUUGAUGAGCUUAUGGAUGAUCCUGAGUUGGAAAAAUUGCAUGCUGACAGGAUUGCAGCUCUAAAGAAAGAAGCAGAGAAGCGAGAAGCCUUAAAAAGGAAGGACACGGAGAGUACAGGGAGAAUAACGGAUAAGCAUUUGAAAGCCCUUGCACCAAAGCAUAUGGAGACGAAGUUCAUCAAGCUGGAUGCUGAGACUCAUGUCAUCUUUGUAUGCAAUAUGGAGAAUGCACCUUUCUUUGUUGCCAAACUUGAGUCAAAACGUUGCCUUGUGUCAUAUUUUUCAGGACUAACAUGUCAGCAUAUCCAAAGUUGGAGGAGUCCACUUUGCUUUUCCCAUUUCUUCAACAAUAAGAAAAGUCAGUGUCGGAAACCACUGUUCAUCUUCAAAACCAAACCUUCCAAGUUUCUGCCAUGCGCCAUGCACUCAAGGUGCACCUCCAUUGCUAAGCCACCCAACUUGGGAGGGCUAGCUCAACAAUCUCCCCCGCCCGAGCUAGUUGGGGGGCUCCACCAAGCCAGCUUGUGAUCUGCAAAACUCAAAUUUGCUUCUCACCAAGGACUUGGUCAUCAUAUCAGAGCUGUUGUCAUUUGUGUGAACUUUCUCAACAUCAAGCACCUUUUCUUCAAUUGCAUCACGUAUCCAAUGAUACCUCAAAUCAACAUGCUUGGUUCUU